UUGUCAUAUCCUGUUGUUGAUAUAAAAUCCUUCAUACCGUUCGAGUGACUGUGGUAGCCGCCUAAAAUGUCUGUUAUUUACAAUUUGUGGUUUCUCAAAACUCUGAAAGUUUAAACUUAGAAGAUAAUAGCUAAAUUGUAAGACAUCAACAUUUAAAAUGGAAGAUAUUUAUUCGGCCUGCCGUGAAGGAAACCUACGUUUUGUAAAGCAAUGGCUCGAAGAAACCACGAAUGAUCUCAACCAAGGUGAUGAUCACGGUUUUACACCACUCCACUGGGCGUCAAGAGAAGGAUGGGUAGCAAUAUUUGACAUUCUCGUCGCUCGAGGAGCGAGGAUCAAUAAUCUAAACAACGGAGGAGACACCCCAUUACACUGCGCGGUGAAAAAAGGACAGAAGGCAGUUAUUACAAAGUUGUUAAACCUAAAUGCAUUUGUGAAUAUUGCAAAUGAACAUGGUAAUACACCUCUUCAUUAUGCCUGCUUUUGGAGUUACGAGGAGAUUUGCCGGGAACUCAUUAAGAAAGGAGCUAAUGUUUCACAAUGUAACAAACUGGAAGAAACUCCAAUAGACCGAACAAAAGUUAAAUACCAAAAUAUCUUUAAAGCAUUGGCGAAAGAAUGUGGACAGGAUCUAAAAAAAAUCCCUUACAAACCGAACAAACAUUUCCACAGAAGUCGUGAUUUGCGUGAUAUCCAGUCAAGAAAUUCUUGGAUUGAAGCGGAUGAAGUGACCUUUAAGGAUAAACUAGAAACAAAAGGAGAUUCAGAUCUCUGGAAAGGUAUUUGGAGUAACAUUCCAGUGGUUUGCAAGAAAAUACAAGUAUCGAAAUAUAACAAAAGAAAAUCGAGAGAUUUUGCUGAGGAAUAUCCGAAGUUAAGAAUAUUUUCACAUCCGAAUGUUCUGCCCGUGUUGGGAGCUGUGAACGAAUCAGGAUCCUUAGUUAUUUUGAGUCAGUACAUGCCUUAUGGGUCACUUUACAAUGUUUUACAUGAAGGAUCUGGAAUUAUGGUGGAUGCAGCACAAGCUUUGAAAUUUGCCAUGGACAUUGCCAGAGGAAUGCAAUAUUUGCAUUCUCUCGAUCCUUUUGUACCUCGAUUGUACAUCAAGAGUUCGCAUAUUAUGAUUGACGAUGAUUUAACGGCACGCAUUUCAAUGGCGGACUAUAGAUACUCUUUUCAAGAUGUUAAACGUGUCUUUCAACCUCAGUGGAUGGCCCCAGAAGUUUUGAAUAAAAAUCCAGAAGAAGUUGACCAGCGUUCGGCAGAUAUGUGGAGCUUCGCAAUUCUAUUAUGGGAAAUGUCAACAAGGGAAGUUCCAUUCGUUGACAUGCCACCAAUGGAGGUUGGAAUGAAGAUCGCUCUCGAAGGACUGCGUCCCAGUAUGCCUCCUGGAUUUGCUCCUCACAUGGCAAAAAUGAUCAAUAUUUGCUGGAAUACAGAUCCGACAAAACGUCCGCGUUUUGAUCAAGUUAUACCAAUCAUGAGCAAGAUGGUUGUCUGAAAAUGGAAUAAACAUCUCUGCGCUCUCAGAAAUUUAUCAAAUAAAUAGGAAAUAGAAAGGUUUUUAUAAAUUGAGUGGAAAAGGAAUUUGUGUUCAGGUUAUUAUAUAGCUUACCGGCAGGGAGCGAUAAUCUAGGAUCAUACUUCAUUACAUUUUUUAUAGUUUAUAUUUGCUAUGUGGUAUAUGUAUUUACAUCAUUCUACAAAAUUAAUAAGAUGUUAAUUUUAGUUUUCGAACUCGAAUUUCAUGCCAAACUGCAUGCAAUUUAUGUGAAGUUGAUGUUUCGAUUUUCUAUUGUUAGGAACUGAUAAGAAAAUUGCGCAUACCAGCAAAAAUACAAAAUAUACCUUUGCCGUGUGCAUUUUGUUAUCUUUGAGAGUGAUUAUCGCCAAUAGGCAUAGGCCAUACGCUCUUUUCAGCGUGGCGCGUGGGUUUUAUCUCUCCCUGUAUGUUGUAGCGAGAGCGUUUAACUGCAUGGAUCGACUCGAAUAUCAUUAAAUAUAGUGUAUAGUGUUCCAUAUUUUGUAGCAAUAAAAAUUGAAUUGCAUCUAA